UCAUAUCUACAGUUGCCUUCAAGUCUUUGUUUAACUUCAGUUGGUGAGACUGGUUUUAGGAGAAAACUUGAAGAGUCAAAGAUGGAAAAUAAGGAUCCAAAAGACGAAUUUCUCAGACAAAACAGCAGUGUUUAUUCAAGUCAAGCAAUCAACAACACCAGCAGAGAAUAUGUCUUUGCUCCUGUUAGUUACCUAAUCAAACUUAUCAUAUUGACUGCCAUGCUCUCGUUUGGAGUGUAUGGAUUGAUUGCAAACUCUCUGAUCCUCUACUUCAAGCACAAGCAACACAGAAGAAGACGCCAUACCAUACGAAGACCAUUCAGUCGAUCCUUGACAGAAUAUUUCAUUAACAGCCUUGCCUUGUCAGAUUUGCUGUGUUGUCUUAUCAGCCUUCCUUUGUAUUCAUCUGAAAUGUUCAUCGACUUUGUGAAAAGUGAUUCUGUUUGCAGAUUUACUAGAUUGUUCAAUUCAAUGUUUGCUGUGAUAACAAUUCUCAAUCUUUUAGUUAUUGGUGUAGAGAGACAUUUAACCAUUUUUCAUCCAUUUUUUAUUCUAAGUCGAAGAACAGCUAAAAAGAUGGUUGCUGCAGCUUGGGUUUUAGGGGUUUUGUUUACUCUUGUUUCGGUUCCUGCCUACGGCCUCGUGUACUUUGAAGACAUUGAUAAGAACUACUAUACCUUAGUUUGUAAAUACGAUAGCUCCAUGCCAUUAUAUCGAGCUUUGUUCAUCACUUUUAUCUCUAUUUUAUACAUCGUGCCGAGUUUCAUUUUAACUUUCAUCAGCCUUUGUAUUUUAAAUCGUCAACGAGAAAGCCAACGUGCUGACGCUUUUCAAAACACUCGGAGGGCUUUGUCUCGGCUAAAAGUAACGAGGAUGUUUGUAUCCUUGAUUUUUGCUUUUAUCAUUCCUUACAUGGCUUUUUCAAUGUACUCGAGUUUUAGAAUGGUUUUCAAGGUUAAUGUUUCAUUCACUGCUGACUACAUAGUUCGUCAUAUCAGUGUUUCUCUGAUUUAUGCUAACGGCUCAAUAAGCGCAACCAUCUUGAUAUAUUAUGAAAAGUUAUACAACGAUUUCUGGUCAUGUUUUCAAUCAAGAUCAUCAACCACAAAUGAUCAGUACAACAAAACUGUUCAAAGAAAAGAUCCAGUUUAUGACGAAAACGCCAGAAAGAACAGGACCUCAGCGGUUUAGAACUGCCUUAGCAUUGGUAAAAGUAUAAAUGUAUGUGAAUAUAUAUGACAUUUAUAUAUG